AUGCUAAAGGUGUAUGGCUGUUUGGUGCUGGUGUGUGUGGCUGUCGUGUAUGGUGAGGAUUCAGGAGCACAAUUGGACAAAGCAUUUGUUGCUAAAGAGAAAGAGACGAUGCAGAUGUAUGAGAGCGUAGAGCAUCAGCUGAGCGCCGCGCAAGAGGUAACGGGUCUUUUUGUGCUGGAGGACGCCCAGUUAGAGAUGUUUGCGCUCGAGACACGCGCCAAUUUGGUUGCAAUCAAGGAUGAAGUGAGACAGGAGAUUGAGGAAUCAAUGAAAGAGGUGGAAAAUCUACAGCUGAGGGCAUCGGAAAAUGUGGCGUCGUGGAGAAAAACACUGCAGAGAAUCAAAGACGUGACACAGAAGAAUAUACAAACGUUACAGAGGAUAAGGAAGGAAAAAGAAGACAAGAAACAAUUGGAACUGGAGAUGGAGAAACAGCGAGAGUUAGAGAAGGAGUUGGAACUUCAUACGGAAGAAUUGAGACAGCUACAGGAAUUGGAGAGAUUACAAGAGCUUGAGAAGAAGAAAUUACUGGAAAGAAAACAGAAUAUGGAAAAGCAAAAGAUGGAAAACCAAUACGAGCAGAGUGAGGAACCAGAAGCGAGCACUUCUGACUUGAACGGUGAAUUUAUUGUCAUUGAAAAGGAUGCUAUGUCCUUUGAAAGUGCAGAGCACGAAUCUGGUGUGAAACGUCUGCUGGCCUGGUAUGUAUUUGCAGAACACACCUUGCUGGAGGCAGUUGCGUCAAUUUAUCGGCAGUUUGUGUUACCAGUGGUAGCAAUUAUUGCCUUCUUUCUCGUGUUAACCGUCGCCAUUGGGAGGUAUAACGCCGUGAAGCAGGCGCGACGCAACCGACGGGUUUUGUACUCAGGAUAUCCGAAAAGUUACCGGCCAAAGCCACAUCCCGAAACGAAGCAAAUCCUGACUGAUGUGCGACCGCGUGUACGCAAUCCUGUUCGUCGUCAUGAUUCUAAUAUUAAUGUCGGAAACUGA